UAAUUGUUCUACCCCUCCAUUUGAACACACAUUCUUCCAAUCCAACUCUUUCUAUCAUCAACCAAAAAUAAAAUAAAAUUCAUUUAUUGAUGACACGGUUGAGGAUAGCAAAGAAACUUCAACCUGCCAAGAGGGCAUGGAACAGUUUCUCCAACACCGUCCAAUACAAAGUCCACAAACUCAACAUUCCCAAGGCCAUCAAAGCUACCCUUCAACGCCUCUUUCAAGGCUUUCAUUCCCUAAGUCAUCUCAUACACUCUAGACUUCAUCACUCUGUUACCACUACUAGGCCAUAUGCUACUUCUUACUACCAUGUUCAAUACAAACAUGUUGCAGCCAUACACAUAGAUGAACUCUUCGACAAGGCUGUGCAUGCCACCAACAAGAGUAGUGCUAGAAGUAGCGUUGCUAAAGCACAAGGAGAAAGUGGAAAAGGCAAAGAGAAAGAGGUGCAUGGCAAUUACAAUUACAAGGGUAAUUUGGUUGGUGAGAGUAGUGGCUUGAAUACCAUAGAGGAUGCAUGGAAGCUUGUGGUUGCUAGGUCUCCACGGCUGCACGUGGAUCAAAAGGCAGAAGAAUUCAUAAGCAAGUUUCGUGAAGAUAUGAGGCUUCAGAAAGAGAGGUCAAUGCUUGAAUUCCAGGAGAUGCUGGCACGCAGUGCCUAA